CUAAACUCACCAACCACGUCCGCGAGUCGGGCAUUAUCGGCCAGUUCGUCGUGGUGGCAGGUGCUUUCGCUGCGUGUCGUCGGUUUCUUCGGACUCACGUCGUCCUAGCGGCGUCCGAAAAUGCGGUCUCCCUGCGCGUUCGUUGCACUCCUAGCAUUCGCCGUGGCCACGGCGGAGGUCUACUUGGACGAGAAGUUCAGCGAUGAUUCAUGGGAAAAGAAUUGGGUCUAUUCCGAACAUCCUGGCAAGGAAUUUGGAAAAUUCGUCUUAAGCUACGGAAAGUUCUGGAACGAUCAAGAAAAUGAUAAAGGUAUCCAGACGUCGCAAGAUGCAAGGUUUUAUGCUCUCAGUAGGAAAUUUACUCCGUUUAGCAAUAAAGAUAAGACCCUAGUUAUUCAAUUUACCGUGAAGCAUGAACAGAACAUUGAUUGCGGCGGUGGAUAUGUUAAAGUAUUCGAUUGUUCUCUCGACCAGAAAGAUAUGCACGGUGAAAGCCCAUAUGAGAUUAUGUUUGGGCCGGAUAUUUGUGGACCUGGAACCAAGAAGGUUCACGUCAUCUUUAGCUACAAAGGAAAGAACCUUUUAAUCAAUAAGGAUAUUCGUUGUAAAGACGACAUUUAUACGCAUUUGUACACUUUAAUUGUCAAACCCGAUAACACCUACAAGGUGCUUAUUGAUAACGAGGAAGUUGAAUCCGGUGAGUUGGAAGCAGAUUGGAGCUUCCUACCUCCGAAAAAGAUUAAAGACCCAUCUCAGACCAAGCCCGCCGACUGGGACGACAAACCCAGCAUCGACGAUCCAAAUGAUAAGAAGCCUGAGGACUGGGACAAGCCCGAGCACAUUGCCGAUCCUGAAGCGGUUAAACCCGAGGAUUGGGAUGAUGAGAUGGAUGGCGAAUGGGAAGCGCCUAUGAUCGACAAUCCCGAUUAUAAGGGUGAAUGGAAACCGAAACAAAUCGAGAAUCCUAACUACAAGGGACCAUGGAUUCAUCCUGAGAUCGAUAACCCUGAAUACACGCCCGAUCCUGAACUAUACAAGCGCGAUGAGAUCUGCGCUAUCGGUUUUGACCUCUGGCAAGUUAAAUCCGGUACGAUUUUCGAUAGCGUCCUAAUCACGGACGAUCCGGAGGUCGCACGCAAAUUUGGAGAAGAAGUCUGGAAACCUACCUUUGAAGGUGAGAAGAAGAUGAAAGAGGCGCAGGAUGAGGAGGAGAGGAAACAAAGAGAUGCGGAAGCUAAGGAAAACGAAGAUAAUAAGGACGACGAGGACGACGAAGACGCGGACGAAGAAGAGCAAACUCAACCAGAAACCGAUGAUCAUGACGAAUUGUAAAUAAGUGUGUCGCGUGUGGACAUAAACACACAGACUGUAUUCCAGGAGCUACGUGGUCGCGACACGCACUAAAUCCUCCCACAGGCACAAAAUUGUAAUUAAUCUAGACACACAAUAGCAAAAGAGCAGGAUAAUAUCCUCAUCGAUGACGUCGCCCGCUGCAUCGUUCACGAGAAACAUAUUAAAUUCUAUUUUAAGCUUUCGAACCAAGUUUCGCCCGGUUUUCUCAACAUUUCGCUAGUGUUUUGGCCUUGGUAUCACAGCGCCUAAAACAUUUUUAAUCGCCCAGAAACUUUCGAGUGAGUUUAUUAUCCUGAAAUAUUACACGCUUAGAUCAAGUGAUCGGCAUUUCUGCGAAGUGUGUGCUACGGAAUACGGAAGAAUAAAUAGAAAAUAGAAAAAAAGAAAAAAGAAGUAUAGAGAAGAGAGAGAAACGAGAAGAGAGUCGUCUAGCCCGUGUCCACCAUCGGCGCAGCUCCACAAAGACUCUAAGUUGUUCCGUUUUUGUUUGUCAAGUGUUUUUAUAUACAUUAAAAGGUAAUUGAGAUGUAAUUUAAAUAACACGAUGCUAUAUUAUAUAUAAUAUAUACAUUAUUUCAAUUUCCGUACAAUGUACGCAUAAUUCAAAGAAAAAGAAAACUCGCUCCAGUUAUAAAAAAAAAGGGAAAAACGCAAGAAUGAUAGAUGUGUGCAAAUGUGAUUGAGUGAUAAUAACUGGUAUGAUUAUGUAUCAGAGGCAGUUCAAUAAUCGUGUAAUAAAAUAAAUAAGACUUUUCUAGAUGUG